CAUUAAUGAUGAUCUUUGUUCUUGGGUUCUACCAGAAAACUACACUUCAUUGAAAAUAUCUGCAAUAUAAACAGCUCAACAGAACACAUGUUUGUGCGAGAACUGUAAUCAUAAGCGCUCAUCGCCUAUUAUCAUCAUCAUGCCGGAUUACAAGGUAUAUUACUUCAACGUAAAGGCUUUGGGUGAGCCCUUGCGGUUUCUUCUUUCCUACGGAAACCUGCCAUUCGAUGAUGUAAGGAUCACCCGCGAAGAAUGGCCAGCACUGAAGCCAACAAUGCCGAUGGGUCAGAUGCCGAUUCUGGAGGUUGACGGCAAAAAAGUGCACCAAUCGGUGGCAAUGUCCCGCUAUCUGGCUAACCAAGUGGGUUUGGCCGGAGCUGACGAUUGGGAGAACUUGAUGAUUGACACCGUGGUCGAUACGGUUAACGAUUUCCGCCUAAAGAUUGCCGUUGUCUCAUAUGAACCGGAUGAUGAGAUUAAGGAGAAGAAACUGGUCACAUUGAACAACGAAGUCAUUCCGUUCUAUCUGGAGAAGCUGGACGACAUUGCACGAGAAAACAAUGGAUACCUAGCCAAUUCCAAACUGAGCUGGGCCGAUAUUUAUUUCACCGCUAUUUUGGACUAUUUGAACUACAUGACCAAGUCCGAUCUGGUCGCCAAUCAUCCGAAUCUGCAGAAAGUGGUUGACAACGUAACAACGAUUGAAUCCAUUCGUAGUUGGAUUGAAAAACGACCAAAGACUGAAAUCUCCAUGCCCAUGGGCCAAAUGCCGGUGCUGGAAGUCGAUGGUAAGCGUGUACAUCAAUCCCUAGCUAUGUGCCGGUUUGUGGCAAAGCAAAUCAACCUGGCAGGUGAUAAUCCACUGGAAGCUCUGCAAAUCGAUGCUAUUGUCGAUACUAUAAAUGAUUUCCGCCUAAAAAUUGCCAUUGUCGCCUAUGAACCGGAUGAUAUGGUGAAGGAAAAGAAAAUGAUUACACUGAACAACGAAGUGAUUCCAUUCUAUCUGACCAAGUUGAACGUGAUCGCUAAGGAGAACAAUGGCCACCUGGUGCUCGGCAAACCAACUUGGGCUGAUGUUUACUUUGCCGGUAUCCUAGACUAUCUAAACUAUCUAACAAAAACGAAUCUGCUCGAAAAUUUCCCCAAUCUUCAAGAGGUGAUCAAUAAGGUGCUCGACAACGAAAACAUUAAGGCGUAUAUUGCCAAAAGACCCAUCACAGAAGUCUAGAAGGAUGUAGCGAUUUGCUUUCUUUUUUAUAAAAGCUCAAUAAUUGAAUCUCUCAUUGUUUUGUUCCUUCGUGAGUUGGAUUUAUAUAACGUUGGCUUUCUUAUCGACCAAUCUGCAAUAUGGUUCUAGACGUUAUGAUUUUUUUUAUAGAAACGAGCAAAUGUUGCCUCGCAGUUUGGCUAGCGCAACGCAACGCGUACCCUAAUUUCUGUUUUGAAAGAUAAUGUUUCUAGAGAGGCCGCUUUUGUGUUAACAUUUUAUGCUUUUUUACAGAAUGCACAAACCUAUACUAAGGAUGACUAUCAUUAAGUAUCACAAUAA